CUCCUCUUUUUUUGCCAAAAUCAAAACUUUUUAACUUUAUGAUAUAAAUCACCUUCUCUUGUCUUAGUUAACAUUAUUAAUACAAUCGAGUACUUUGUUUCAAAAUGGUAAAUUUUUGGGAGUAGAAAAUGGUGCAUAAGUUGCAGUAAGAAGCAAGAAUUGAAGAGAGAAAAUUGAUGGUUCCAUCGUCAAGCUAGCUAAUUAAGUUGUCUUUCGGCGAAUAUUUAUCGAUUUGUUAGCUGUUUCUUGAUCCAAGAACUGUUAAACAAAUGGAAGCAUUUAGCCCUAAAGAUUCAUCUAUUCUAUCAAGUCCUUACUCCUCUCCCAAUCUUAGUGCCUUGCUCAAGAUUAAAGUCAUAUCAUGGAGUCAAGAGACUGGAUUGCCAGUAACCGUUCGUGUUCGUGUUGCCAAUAGAUCCUUCAACUUGCAUAAGUCUCCAUUGACAUCUAAGAGUGAAUACUUCAAGAGACAACUAAAUGAGUGGCAAGAAGUUGAUCUACCAACAAAUUUCCCAGGAGGUUCAGAAACAUUUGAGAUGAUUGCACUCUUCAUCUAUGGUUCUUCCACAUUCAUCGACCCCUUCAAUGUUGCAUCACUUCGUUGUGCAGCAGAGUUUCUAGAAAUGACAUCAGAAGCAUCAUCAGGUGGAACUGGAAACCUAUGUGAAAGAACAGACUUGUACUUAACUCAAGUAGUACUACAGAGUUGGGAUGAUACCCUAAUUGUCCUCCAAAAAUGCCAAGCAUUGCUUCCAUGGGCAGAGGAACUGCUUAUUGUGAGUCGAUGUAUUGAAUCGUUAGCCUUUAUGGCGUGUAUGGAGAUUCUUGAUCCUGAAAGGAAGAAGAAAAAGGCAACUGUGUCAUUAGAAGCUCUUGCAGCCCAACCAUGGAACAUUAACAUCAAACUAGUAGUAAAAGAAAUUACAAGUAGUGAUCAAGAUCAUGUUUGGAUUAAUGAUCUAAUUGCCUUGCCAUUUGGGUUUUUCAAAAGGAUUAUUGGGUCAUUAAGAAGGCAAGGUAUGAAGGAGAAAUAUGUAAGUCCUAUCAUUGUUUUCUAUGCCAGUAAAUGGGUGAUCAACUCCAAGAAAACGCGCCAAUUUUGGGAGUGUCUGUGUGACAAAGACGAUGAUUAUGAGUGUAAUGAUGAUGAAAGUGAUAUGGUUUUGGAAACACUAAAAGGAAUACUAGAUUUGUUACAUGUAGGAAGGAAGGUUAGUAAAAUAAUUCCUGUUGGGUUCUUUUUCGCCUUAUUAGCUAGGUCUCUUGAACUUGGAAAAGGAGGAACAAACACCAUUACCAUAGUUGAAGAAGGGAAGUUAAGGCUACAACAACAAAUUGCUCAUCUUUUACCUUUGGCUCAUGUGGAAGAUUUUCUUCUUCCAAAACAACAACAACAACAACAACAACAACCAACAAAUGAUCAACAUUCUUUUACUUCUACUACUUCUUCUAGUGUUGAAGUGGGUGUGAUGGAGUGCAUCUUUUCGACAUAUGUUUCAUCCAAUAAUAUUGAAAUGCAGCUUCAUAACCCUACUUCAAUGGGAAAUACAAUUGUGGGAGAAUUGUGGGAUUCAUACCUCUCCUUGAUUGUUCAUGAUCCAAAUAUGACACCAAAGAAGUUCAUGAGUCUUGUUGAGUUGGUGCCCUUAUCCUAUAGAAAUAACCAUGAUCAUCUUUAUACAACAAUGAAUACAUACAUCCUGGCACAUCCAAAUCUGUCCGCAGAAGAGAAAACAUCAGUCUGCAAGUACUUAAACUGUCAGAAGUUAUCCCAAGAGUUAUGCGUAGAGGCGGUGCAGAACGAGUUGAUGCCACUACGAUUAAUAGUUCAAGCACUUCUUGUUCAACAACUUAACACACAACAUGCUUUUAAGGAAUGUUCAGAGUCAUUCAGGUUUGCAGCAUAUAAUUCAAGGGAAUUCUCUGGUAGUCUUUCGAGUUCAAGGUAUCCGAAUUCCAAAAGCCAAAAUCUAGAAGAUAUUACUGAUAAUGAUGAAGCUGAAAUAAUGAUAAUGAAGAAUCAGCCUUUAAGUUGUUGUAUACUAGACAAUAAUAAUGAUCAUAAUGCAGUAGCUUUGCAGAGAAAGCCUGAUAUAAUUGCAGCAGCAAGAAAGGAGUAUGAAUCCACGAGUUUCAGAAUUCAGAAUCUGGAACAAGAACUUGUAUCGCUUAAGAAAAAUCUUCGGUUGAAGAAGAAAGAAACUGAAGAUCCCAAAAUGAAGAACUUUGGGUUAGAAGGAAGAUCAUAUAGUAGUAGUAGUAAAAGGAGGAAUAUUUCACUUGGACAAGUUACUAGUUGUAUUGGUUCAGUGAAUUUUUCAUCUCAGAGGAAAUAUGCUGGUAGAUUAUUGAAGAUCUUUAGAAGGGUAACUUUGUUUGGAAGAGCAAAACUUAAAAGGAGGCCUAGUGUUUCAGGUUCAUAAGGGAAAAAUAAACUACCAAAUUAAACAAGCAAGUUUUGAUUAAGAUUAUUGUAAUUGUGAUUUGAAGGAUGAUUAAAGAAAUAAUUGCUGCUAAUAAACUAUAGUAGAUUUCCUUUUUUUUAUUUGAACCGGAAGAGCCACAAGGGCAUUACAAGUUACAAAAAGAAGACGAGUCUAGCGGAUUCAAACAUUAGACCGACCGUACACGUGCCCUCAAUGUUUGCCAUUUACUCAUUUAGGCAAUGCCUCAUUGGUAAUGAACUAUAGUUGAUGCCUUGAUGGAAGAUGUACGUUUUGCAAGGUUUAAGAGGUUCAAAAUAUGCAAUCUUGUGUCUUGGAAUACUUAAAAUUAAAAAAUUUAGACACAUAGAACAUAAAUAAAUUCAGAAUCUUCACAGGAUCCUCGGUGGAGUUGCAUCAGGAACGACUUUUUCUGCUUUGCAUUCAGAAUCUUUGGAUUGUUUAUAUGGGUUACGGUGGGCUGUGCAGGCAAGCUUUGAUAAGGUUACAAUCCUUAUUGAUUCCCAGUCGCUAGUAGAGAUGGUGAUGAAAGAAGAGUUGAUUGAUGUCCAUUUGCUUU